UAUAUUGCCGCCAAUUUGUUGCGCGUGUGCUGGGCAUACUUCGGAGCAAUAUUUGUGUUUUGCUAGCGUCAUAAAAACAGUGGAAUACAAUAGCUAACUCUCCAUGUAUUUAGAAACAUCGGUAAUCAGCAAUUCACCGUACAAUCUAAAAAUUGAUAUCUUCAAGUAACAAAAAUGCCGAAGCAGGAGUGUCUCAUUUGUGCAACUGAUGAGGGAUUAUUCCUGGAUGUUUUUGCUCACGGCAAAGACAUUCGUGAUGUUAUUGAGAACUAUUUAUCUUUGGAGGUACAAAAAAGUAAACUUCCAUCGACGAAAAUAUGUUAUAAAUGUGCUUACGAGUUGACUGAGUGCAAUAAAUUUAUUGGAAAAUUCAACCAAGUGCAUGAUGAAAAAAACACAAAAAAAUCAUCACGACAAAAAGGUCACUGUAACAUAUGCUCAGAGCCAGGGAAGAAGGGUUUCAUCUAUGACCUCCAAAAUGAAGCGCUCAACAAUGUUUUCACGCAAGUUCAGGAUUUAUUCGGUCAUGAUUUCUCCUUGACCAAUAAGACGUUCUCAGUGUGUUUAUAUUGCCGUUACCAGCUAGAUGUCCUAUCAGACCUGAAGAAAGUCGCUAAGAAUAAUUCCCCGAGUGGUGAUGCAUUUUCGAAACUUCCGAAGGUAAAUGUGAAUGUCAUCAGACGAAAGACAACUUCUGUAGCCUUGCCAGCCAUGUCAACCCCUGUCACACAUACAAGUAUCAAUAGGAUGCCGACGAAGAAAAACUCCAAAGUCAGUCGUUCAGCUUCCCCAAGUGAUCGACAAUGUGACAAGUGCGAGAUGAAGAUAGAGAAUGGCAUAGAUAUGUACCGAUUCCAUACGACAGGACAGAAACUCUGUAAAGAUUGCUGGGUAUCCAUGGAUCCAGCGAAGCAGGUCAAGGGACGGCAACGCAACGCACCCGUCAAAUCUAGCACUAAACUUUGCACAGUAGUACUGAAGGACGUGCUCAUAAAUCCUCCAGAUGGAAAAUCCAGGAAUCGGAGGAAUUCUCUAGAUGCAAACAAGACAGAACUAGAUAGACAAGGGAAUGUUAUCUACGUUAUCUCGGAUGAUUCAGAAGGGGAUCAUACUCCGGUAAAAUCUCAGAAAGUACCAAAAAGAUCGAGCAGUGAGAAUGACACGAAAUCCAUCAAGAAAACUAAACGAGACAUGGAGUUUAUUCCCCAAAGAGAGACGAGAGCUGCGAGUGUUAUGAGCACUGUCAGUACCUCAAGUAACGCAUCCAGACCGUCACCCAAACGUAGACAUUCAGACAACUUCGAAGUUCCAGAUCCAGCACCCAAGCGACUGAGGGGUAGAGCACAAAGAGCUGUAAAUAAGCCAGAGGCAGAAAAAAUCGAUGAUAAAAAGACAAAUAAAACUCCUGUAAAAGCGAAGGCACCUGUACAAGCUAAAUCCAAGGCAUCCAAGAAAGCAAAUCCUCCCAAGAAUGCCUCGUCCAAUGAGGAAGCACCAAGAAAACCGUCCCAGAGAGAGAAAUAUCAUGAAGAUGCUGAAGAAGGGACCAGGAGGUCUACGCGAAUUAGAAAACCAACGAAGCAUUGGUCAGAAACGUCUGAAUCUACAGGACUCUCUGAAGAAGAUACUGAAGAGACUACCAGUGAAUCCGAGAGCAGCAAAAACUCGACUAAGAAUGUAAAAACUAAGACUCAAUCCACGGACAAAUCUCCUAAAACACCUGCUCAAAAAAGACGAGGGAGAGGGGCUGGGCAGGACGAAGAGGCUCAAAAUACGGAGGAAACUGAAGGAGAUGAACAGCGGGUUGAUAGUGAUGGAGACAAUCAGCCAUACACUUGCACAGUUUGUAGUACUGAAUUUGAGACCAAAGUUGAAGGUAUGACCCAUCAGUUAAGCCACUCGAAAAAACUCGGCGUUGUCUUGGAAAAAGUCUCAGUCUCUGAGAGUGUUGAAGAUACAGAAAAAGAGGUGGAAGAGGAGAAAGAUGAUCAGCAACAUCUUGCAACAGAAGUUACCGAAACUGAAAGAAUCGAAGAUUCUUCCAAAACCGUUGAUGCAUUAGAGGUGACCAAAGAUGCUGGGCCAUCUGAAAAUGAUGAAAAACCUGAUGAGAAUGAUGCAAAGAACAAGCAGGAUUCAGUUGUUGAAAUUUCUGGUGAGUCUAAAGGCAGUGAAAAAUCUUCGGAGGUAGUAAAGCAACCUGUAGGCGAAACAGAACCUACCGAGGACAAGAAAAGUGAAAAAGAAGAUGAGACUGAAUCUGAAAAACUACCUGAAAUCGACACAUCCAACAAAAAUGAUGGAGUAUUAAGACACGAAGAGGAAACUACAACAAAACUUUCGAAAGAUAAUAAUGAAAAAGUUGAAGAAGUUGACGCUGCAGACAAGGAGGCAGAGAAAAAGAAUGCAGAUGAGAAGGAAGAAUCUGCAUUGAAUGAGAGCAAAGUACUUUCCGAGGAAAAAAAUGAAGAAAAUGAUUCGCAAAAGCCUGACAAUGAUAAAACCGGUACUGAAUCCCAGUCACUGGGGAUAUCUGAAGAGAAGAAUGAAGAGCCUGAGAAGGAGGAUGUACAGCAUUUGACGAAUGGAAAAAAUAAAGACACUCCAUCAACUCAACCAGAUGACAGUGAAGAGAAGAAAGAAGAUGAAACACCUCCGGAUGAAGAGACAACAGCGAAAGCUGAUGAGAAUGUAUCUGAAGAGCGUAGUAAAGAAGGAGAUGAAAAGAAAGUUGCUGGUACAGAUGCAGCAGUUAAAGAGACCGAGCAAGGAGAACAACCUAAAAAUGUAGAACAAAAUAAUGAAAAUGAUAAUUGCACGAGUGAUGAGGAAAAGAGUCCAGAGGCUGAGCCUUUGAGUCCGCCACGUCCAGAUGAUGUGCUCAACGGGGAUGAUGAACAGGUCUCGAAAGGAGAAAGUGAGGCGAAAAUUGUGGAAGAGACUAACGGUGAACAUGCGGAAAAAGUUGAAGAAGUGAAAUCCAAUCCUGAUGGGGAGAAAAUUAAAGAAACUACUGGAAAUGGAGGAGUAACUGAGGGCGCGAACGAUUCCUCUGAAAAUGUGAGAAAAGUACCAGAGGGUGAAAUAAAUGCUGACGAAGCUAGCAUGGAUGCUAUUGAACGGCAAAUGGAGACAAUUGUUGGAAAAGAAGCGACAGGAGAGACCACUGUGUUAAAUACGGACGAGACAAAAAAAAGCGCACGCGUGCCACUUCUGAACCCUGCGGCUGCUGCAGAGGAAAAAGAAGUAUCAUAAUUCAUAAUUACAAUAUACAUUUCACUGCACGCAGUGAACUAAACGUGAUGCAUAAUCUCUUUUUUAUCUUGAAAUCCGUGGACAAAAAAAGAGGGACUUAUCGUUGCGAUUAUUGUUUUGCUUUCAUUAGUUUGAUGUGGUCUAGCGGAAAAUUCGUAUCUCUGGAAAAAAAUUCUGAAGCAACGUAUCUGUAAUUUUCAAUCAGAAACACACGUAGGGCCUCUCAGAGAAUUUCAGAAGAAUUUUGAUUAAUAACCUAGUGUCUUAUUUUUCAAUCCAACUGGAACACGUGAAUUCCAUCUGAAAAUAUUAAAUGUUUUCAAAUUGGAGAUUGACGGUAUGUUCUUUUAGAAAAAUUACUUAAGAUAGUCGUGUUCCCUCCGCACACGUUGAGUUAAAAAAAAGAAACAACAGUUUGAUUCAAGUCGGGAGAUACGACUGAUUAUGUACAUUAGUUAAUCCCCUCAUGGUUAAUCUGCAGAUUUUGAUGUCGAAAGACAGAAAUUUUUUUAGUUGAAAUUACUUAUUACACGUUAUUUAGCGUCAAGAAGGCAACAAUUUCAUUGAUUGAGUUUCCUAGAUGUAUGCGAUGAAAUGAAUACUUGAUUACUGUAACCAUCUCACGAAUUUCUAUGAAAGAUGACCGUAACUUAGUUACUCGGUAGUUACACGCUUUUUAUGUUAUGAGUUUGUUGUUUUUUUUUCUCCACGCAGAGUUCCAGAGUUUUGAGAGAAAGAGAGAAAUGGGAGCGUUAUUUGAUUAACUUGAUUUAAGAUUAAACCUGAAUGAUAUGAAGGUCUUGAUUGAUUUAUGAAUGAUGUAAAAAUGACCGAAUAGAAAUCAUUGAAUAAAAGUAAUUUGAGCUCUUCAAAGUGCUUUUAAAA